AUGCGAAACCAAAGCUUUGUAACUGAGUUCGUCCUCCUGGGGCUUUCGCAGAAUCCCAGUGUUCAGAAAAUAGUAUUUGUUGUAUUCUUGUUCAGCUACAUUGCAACUGUCGGGGGCAACUUGCUAAUUGUGGUGACCGUCAGCAGCAGCCCAGCACUCCUGGGCUCCCCCAUGUACUUCUUCUUGGCUUUCCUGUCCUUCCUCGAUGCUUGCUUCUCCACUGUCAUUGCCCCAAAGAUGAUUGUGGACUCCCUCUAUGAGAGGAAAACCAUCUCCUUUGGAGGUUGCAUGACCCAGCUCUUUGCUGAACACUUCUUUGCUGGGGUGGAAGUGAUUGUCCUCACAGCCAUGGCCUAUGACCGCUAUGUGGCCAUCUGCAAGCCCCUACGCUACACAACCAUUAUGAACUGGAGGCUCUGUACCAUUCUGAUGGGUGUAGCCUGGACAGGGGGUUUUCUGCAUUCCAUGAUACAAAUUCUCUUUACUUUCCAGCUUCCCUUCUGCGGCCCCAAUGUCAUUGAUCACUUCAUGUGUGAUUUGUACCCGUUAUUGGAGCUUGCCUGCACUGACACUCACAUCUUUGGCCUUUUGGUGGUCGCCAAUAGUGGGUCUAUCUGCAUUAUAAUCUUCUCUCUGUUACUCGUCUCCUAUGUUGUCAUCUUGCUCUCUCUGAGAACCCAUAGUCCUGAAGGGCAGCGGAAAGCCCUCUCCACGUGCGGAUCUCACAUUGCUAUUGUGGUCUUGUUCUUUGUCCCUUGCAUAUUUGUGUAUGCACGACCUCCAUCUUCUUUCUCUUUUGACAAAAUGGUGGCUAUAUUUUACACCAUCCUAACUCCCUUGCUCAAUCCUUUGAUUUACACUUUCAGGAACAAGGAAAUGAAAAAUGCCAUAAAGAAAAUGUGGAACAGAAUAAUGGUGGUUUGUAGUGACAAAUAA